AUGGGUGAUUGGGGGGACUUCAACAUCACUGCUAGUCCUGAGGAAAGUUCUGACUUUGAAGUCAUGGGAGUACAUUUUACUCCUGAUAUGAGGGAGUUUCAGGAAUGCUUAAAACUUGACAGGAUAUUGAUCAACCCUCAGGGGAUGUUGGACUUCCCUGAGUCAUUUGUUGAGUUUAAGACUAAAGGAGUGUCAGGUCACUGCCUGGGUCUGUUGUGGACUCAUAAAGGGGAUAUGUCCAAGAAACCAAGGCCUUUCAAAUUUUUUAACUGCUGGACUAGCAAUGAGCAGUUUCUGAGUACUGUUGUGGAAUCCUGGCAGAGUCAUUGUGAAGGGACCCCUAUGCAGUGUUUGUUUAGAAAAUUAAAAACACUUAAGCCUUGCCUUAAGGAAUUUAACAAGGAAUUCUUCUCUGAUAUUUCUGGCAGAGUUAAUUCCAAGAGAUAUGAUCUGGAGCAUAUUAAAAAUUUUAAUUUGUCCCAUGUAGACCAAAGGAGGAUGGAUGAUGAAAGAACUCUUCAAGCUGAGUUAGUAGACCUGGAAAUUGCUGAGUUAGAAUUCUACAGGCAGAGAGCUAAAAUGCACUGGUUAAAGGAUGGUGAUUUAAAUACCAGGUUUUUCCAGCAGAAGGUUGAGUUUAAUAAAAAGAAGAAUACCAUCAGAGUUAUUAUGAGUGAAGAGGGACAGUGCUAUGAGUCUUUUGAUUAG